AUGGCGGACCUCCGCGCACCGCUUACGUCGCCGGCUGGCAGUCCAGGAGAGCCUGCUGCCGACCUUGAUGUGGAGGCCAUGAAUGCCGAUGCCAACUCAUUUGGGAAAUUGUUGAGGCAGGCUUCCCGCGGCAGCGAGGGCGAGAGGAGGAAGGGCCUGUCGAUGGAGUGGCGGGGGCUGUCCUUCUCGGUGGGAGACAAGCAAAUCUUGAAGGAUGUCACUGGCGUUUUGUUUCCAGGUCGGCUUACAGCCGUGUUGGGGCCCUCGGGCAGUGGGAAGAGCACCUUGCUGAACGUCCUCGCCGGCAGGCAGCGCACGACUGGGCCAACGGGCUCGGCGCCGAUGACGGGCGAGGUCUCCGUAGGCGGUACCGCCAUCGACGUCGCCGAUUUCAAGAGCAGCAUCGCUUACGUGAUGCAGGACGAUCGAUCGGAGCUGGUGGGCACGAUGUUGUCGACCUUAGGCCUAAACAAGUGCGCGGACACCAUCGUGGGUUCUGCGCUGUUAAAGGGCAUCUCUGGGGGCGAGAGGAAGCGGACGUCGGUGGGCGUCGAGCUAAUCACCGACCCAAAAAUGUUUUUUCUGGACGAGCCCCUGAGCGGCCUCGACUCCUUCGCCGCGUACACUCUGGUGCAGGCCUUGAAGGAUCUGGCGUUGGCGGGGGUGCCCGUGCUAUGCACCGUGCAUCAGCCUUCUUCUGAGAUCUUCGCCAUGUUCGACGACGUGAUCAUCCUUCAUGACGGGGAGGUCGUUUACCACGGGCCGGUAGCGGAGUUUGCGCCUCAUUUCAGCCGAUGGGGAAAGUGCCCCGCGAACUUCAAUCCCGCCGACCACGUGAUGUUUCUUAUCCAGAAGGACCCCGACGAGAAUAGCACCAGGUUGCGCGAGAUGAAGGAUGCAUGGCUCUCCUCGGACUUGCACGGCUCCCUGUGCUCCAGGAUCGACGCCCUGCGGUCCGGGGGCUCCACCCCGACCUCGGCACUCCGCGCCGCGGCGCCGCGGGGGCUGCCCCUCUGGAGGCAGCUCGCCGUGCUCACCUCCAGGGAGUUCCGCGGGACGGUGCGCAACAAGGGCAUCCUGGGGGCGCGGUUCGGCAUGUCAAUCUUCCUGGCCUUGCUGUAUGCGUGGCUGUUCGCGGGCAGCGCCAGGAACGGCGACGAUCCCAACGUCCUCAGCAGCUGCGUGCCGAGCCACUUCUCGCCGCCCGCCUGCGCCAGCGACUUUCAGGCUCACUACGGAACCCUGGUCUCUCUGUCGAUCUCGUCCAUGAUGGGGUCUGCCCAGCCCAUCUUGCUCUCCUUCCCGAGCGAGAGGCCUGUGUUCCUCCGGGAGUACGCGUCGCAGCAGUACAGCGUGUUGCCGUAUUUUGUCGCGAAGACGCUCGUGGAGAUGCCAGUGGUCUUCAUUAGCAACUUGAUGACUUACUUGUUCUCCUAUUGGAUCAUGGGGCUACAGGGGAAUUUCCUCGAGUUGACGGUCAUCGGCUGGGCCUUGGGAAUCACCUCCUCGUCUUUGGCUCUGGUGAUCGGGUGCGGCGUGGCCUCCGGGGAGAAGGCCAUCCAGCUUGCGCCACUGGCGCUGAUUCCGCAGAUGCUCUUCAGCGGCCUCUUCCUGCCGGUAUCGAAGAUCCCGACCUCCCUCCAGUGGGUCAAGUAUUUGUGCCCGUUGAAGUAUGCGAUCAACUUGGCCACGAUGGCGGAGUUCCACUACAUCAAGGAAAGCAUGGACGAUUGCGAGAUCCACCACCCGCAGCAGGUCUGCAGAGGCCUUUAUCCGGGCAACUACUUGAGACAAGACUUGAUUGAGAAUCAGGGUGUCCAGUGGUCGGAUUGGGUUCUCGACGUGGCCAUUCUGACAGGCCUUUUUGUGACCUUCCGCACAAUAUCGCUGAUUCUUUUGUGGCGCAAGGGGAAAUAUGUCUUCUGA